AUUAUGGAAGAUUCUACUACUCCUACAUUCUUUGCACGAAACGUAUCGCUUGCAAACUCCCCUGCCUAUCACAUCUUUAUAGUUGAAAGUUUUGUCACAUAGAUCCCUCUCGUCACCUUACAGGCAUAUACACACACAACACGCUCCGGACCCAAUGACCGCAAGACCCUUUUUGGAUUCUAGUUAUUACUGUUCUUGUUUUCUUGUUGCUACUACUUCUUCUAUUCAUUCAAGACUGGGAUUGGAGAAACCGAAGUAAUUGCCGUCGUGGGAAUCGAAGAGAUUCUGAUAUCAGAAUGUGGGUGCGAAGAAUCGUAAGCAUUUGUUUUGGCGUGGGAUAUCUGGGCCUCUAAACGGGUUUGUGGAGCAUUCAAUUCAUCGGUGGAUUUGGAUAUAGGAGAGGUUUUGUUGAUUCCGGGAAGAGAUUCUUGUGUUGCAUGUUGUUUGUGUAGUUUUCCUUAGUGUGUCAAUAUGUCUGGGGGGACGCCGGUUGGGGGUGGAUACAUGAGGCAGAGGCACAGCCAGGGAUAUGCCUCAAGUGGUGAUGACCUUGAGGAUGAUGCAUGCUCAAGGUCCCGUCCUGCAUCUCCUGCAAGUCCAAGAAACAGGAAGUGGAUUGAGAUUAUGGAGAAUUUUCUUUGGCUUGCUUCAGCAACUUUCAUUAUUUACUAUGGUGAUGGGCACUCCAAUCUUAUAUAUCUCUUGUGGCAUGAUGGCAGAAUUAGAAGAUUGCCUUUGUACCUUGGGAUGGUGGGUGUUGGUUUGAAUAUUGUCAUCUUCUUUUAUUCAAGUAUGUCGGCUUGGAGUGUCAGGAGGUUGGACGAGAAAUGGGAACUGAAUAGUGUAUCUGCUUUGCCAUUCGUUACUAUUCUUGGACUAGUCUCCUUUUGCUUGUUCUCUUUUGCUUUAUGGCCAAUAUGGAGUUUCCUCACACUUCCCCUGCUGUUCACACUGUUUAUGGCUUGCAUGGUUAUAUUCCCCUACAUUUCGACUGGGACAUUCCAGCCACAAUAUGAUAUGUUCCGUACAGAUUAAUCCUCUCAGGAUGCUAGUGAGAAACAACACUGACAUAGAUGAAGAGUUGCUAACUCAGACAUUUGGUGGUUGGUAGCAGGGCCUAUAGAAUGAAGUUUUGCCUCCAUUGCAUGACGCAUCCCUUGCCUUAUUUGGCCGCAUUGGUGCUACUGAUGAUCUAGUUGAUUGUUUUUUAAUCAGUCGGCUUACAUGUCAACCUGACCUUGAAGAUUGUUACACGCUGCUGGUACAGUCUCAUUUCAAUUUACAUUGUACGCCCAGAAAACUCUCAUUGAAAUGAAAUCAGUACUCAGUUACAUCUUUGGCA